CCGCGUAAUGUGUCACCCCCAAUAGGCUCCUCCUGACGACUCCACGCUAAGAACGUGUUUAAUCAACCUCGCGCGAGCGCUCUCCGCCACGCCACCAACAGCUUUUCGACGAACGUUUCCAAGGACGCUGCAGUCGACGACGACCCACAGUACAUACCAGUAUAUAUUAUAUAAUUGCACGCAGUAGUACUAUUACUCAUGCCCUUAAAAAUCACAUAAUAUUUUACAAUAUUGCAUUAUUAUCCCGUUUACGGUUAUACCUACAGCACGCAAUACCGCGGUAUAAAUCACGUACCUACAACCUGUUAUAUACCUGAUGCAGCACGAUCUUUCAUCGCGGUACAGCCGUACAACCAGCAAUAUCGCAUAGAUUAUUUGGUAUAAUACAUAUAUUUAUGAUAUACGAAACUAUAAUAUCAAAAGUACACCUCAACUUUAUAUAUAAUAUACUGGUGUAGCAAAACAAAUAAAAACACAUCAUCAUGGAGUGUCCAAAACCUUCGUUUCUCAUCAGAGAUUUGAUUGGAGACGUCUUACAAACUUCAAAAUCUUCUGAUAUGUCCAGUGACGAAGGCACAGCUGACAUGGAUGACCGUACACUAACAAUUAGUAACUUUUCCGCACUACCGCUGUUGGUGCAAAAACAUCACCACCAUCACUACCAACAACACCAAGACAUGUUGACCGGGAAAUCGUGCGGUCGGAAGGUCAGACGUAGAAGGACAGCGUUCACUCAUGCUCAACUAGCUUACCUCGAACGCAAGUUUCGUUCCCAGAAGUAUUUGUCUGUAGCCGAUCGCAGUGACGUGGCCGAAGCGUUGAAUUUGUCGGAAACUCAAGUCAAAACGUGGUACCAAAAUCGAAGGACGAAGUGGAAGCGUCAGAAUCAAUUGCGUCUCGAUCAGCUACGCCAACAGUCGGUUGAGCCGCAAUCGGAAACGUCCACCGCCGCCGCCGCCGCCGCUGAGUACGGUCAGCACCAACAGCACAGGCUGCACUCAGUGGAACCGCACCACAAUCGGCAAGAGCACAGAGUGUACGUACCGUCGUCGGCGGCUUCAGCGUCGGCGGACCCGGACGUACAAGCGGCUGCAGAGACGUCGGCCGCCGCACCGUUGACGUCGUCGACAGCAGCAGCGGCCGCGGCUGCGUUCAUCGGUGCGCCGUACCCUGGGGUGGCCAAUGGCGCGCGAUGGAACUUUCUGACCACGGCCGCGGCAAUAGUGCGGAACGUGUCGUACGUGCACGGAUGUCACAUGUAAACAACAUUAUAAUAUUGUAAAAUGACAUAUUAUUGUAAUAUGAUUCAGUUCGCAUCGGCACGGAUUGUAUACAGGGUGGUCGUACGAACGAUAUCAUAAUAUUAUAUAUUAUAUACUAAGCGACGCUUUAAAUAAAUAGUACCUAAUGUAAUUUGUAGGGGAAUAAAUCUACGCGCCCAACAUGCGACGUUCUAGUUUGGCAAAGAUUUUUGAAAUAACGUUGACAUACAGGCGUACAACAUACAAAUCGUGGUCGUCCUUAGACCAAUUAAUAAGGAAAGGGGACAAAAAAUUUCAACUCGAUUUUUGCAAAAUAAUUUUGGGAAAUUGGAAGUACCUUUAUAAGUAUGUUAUAGGCAUGUAGUUAAGGGUAGACAAUUUUAACGGGCUAAGAUAAAUGCCUUUACCUUAAUAUUUUAUGUAGGUACUGCCCUAUUGGUCUUUGAUAUCAACAAAAAAUAUAUUAUUAUGCAUAAGUUAAUAAAUAAGUAAAAUAGAAACUAACAAAAUGUUUAAAUAGCUAAAUAAGGUAUUAGAUAUGCCUUCCCUCUUCAAAGGCAUCACUGAAAUGUUAAACAAUGUCAAUACUGCUUUAUAUGGCGGAGAGCCGAUUGCCGAAUACCUAUACAUGAUUUGCUCCAGAUACUUCCUUCACCUAUAAAUUCAGUAUGAAUAUUAUUGUAGUACGAGAUCGUGAAUCAUUAAAUUUUAUAUAAUAAAAUCUAUGUUAUACUACAUUGUACACUCAAGCUAUCACAAUCUAAAUUACCUAUUGUCCACUUAUUGAAUUUAUGAUCAUAAAGAUACCUAUUUUGGAUUUACGAAUUCCACCUUAUGACAAACUCACAAUAGGUUCAAACAAUUUUUGACUUUGACUUACGAAAAAUAUUUAUUAAGUUCACGAUUUCCAUAUCCACAUUUUAAGUUUUUGACUUAAGAGAAACUUAAAUAUUUAAAUCAAAUAUAUUAUCAAGACUCCUCCUCAUAUAACCUCCGUUUCAUGGAGUAUCAACCUGUCUUAAUUUAUGUCUUUAUAUACGACAUGUCAACAUAAUUUAUUUAUUAUUUAUUUAUUAUUUAUUCCAGUCCUUUUUCUACAUUAAAUGCGUAUAUAGUAUAUCUAUUAAUAAAGUUAAAACUAUUUUUAUGAAGACAACUAAUAGCAUUUUAAGGUAGAUACCUAUAUUUAUAAUUUUAACGGGCGAUUAAAAAUUGUAGGUUUGUCCAAGAAGAAUCCCUCCGCGUCUCCUCCCCAUUUUUUUAAAAGUAAUUCCCGACUAAUUCAAUUAUAAAAAUAUAAACUUCAGUUAUAAUAGGUUAAGAUAGAUGGAUACCUACCUAUGUCUUUAAAAUU